AUGGAAAGUUUCAACGGAUCAUCAUUAACCGUUAGUACUGCGGUCUCCGUUUAUAGUCAAUCAACAUAUGAGAAGAAUAAGUAUGACAACAGACUUUCAUUCGAGGGAAAGUUAAGGAUCACAAGAAUUAAGAAUAAUGGUGAUCACAAUCACCCUGUGGGAUCAGAGAUCAUCAAUUCGCUUUUACUGCGUCUAAGAGUCGUCUGUGGGAAGCCGAAGCAGAAGCAACUUAUAGAUGUUGAAUUGUGA